AUGAAGUGGGAGUCGUUCCUUUUGACAGCCAUCACCGCUGGCUCGGCCAUGGCUAGAGCGCAUGACGCGCACGAGCAUGCUCAUCGUCGUAACCGUCCUGCUCGCAAUGCAGAGUUGAAGGCCAGACAGGUUGACGCCGAUGUCAUCAGCACCAAGACCAUCGUCAACCUCGAGGUUGUUACCAUGUACACCACCAUCACGGGAAAUCCUCCUGCCGCCGAGCCAACUACCACCGUCGCCGCCGCGGAGACUUCCACCGCUGAAGGCCAGUCCUCCGUGAGCUCCAGUCUCGAGGUCUCCGUGGACGUUCUGGAUGUCCUUCCGGUCACCACCAGCACUGCCACUACAUUUAGCGCUAGCACGAGCCUGAGCACCAGCACCAGCACCAGCACCAGCAGCGCCAGAAUUGCUGCCACGACCAGCAGCUCUGGCUCCAGCACCAGCUGGACCUCAGUCCCUUCGGAUGGUGACUACUCGACCGAUGGCUUCGGCGACCGCACCAACUCCUCCGGCUCUGGCGUUGAGUACACCGGCAACGUCGGCAACCCCUGGGGCAGCAACAUCAUCGAGGUGGCCGCCUCCACGGCCUCGCAGUACAAGUACGUCGUGCAGUUCACGGGCAGCAACACCAACGACUGGUUCGUCUCGUUCUGGAACAAGGUCGGCCCCGACGGCAAGCUGGAUGGGUGGUACGGUCACUCGGCGCUCAACUUCACCCUUGCGGCCGGCGAGACCAAGUACGUUGCCUUUGAUGAGAACUCGCAAGGUGGAUGGGGUGCGGCUGAGGGCGACUCGCUGCCGACGGAUGAGUACGGCGGGUACGCCUGUACCUGGGGCGAGUUCGAUUUCGGGGACACCAAUAACGAUGAGUGGUCUGGGUGGGAUGUGUCUGCCAUCCAGGCGCAGAACGCGGACCUGACGGUGCAGGGGAUGAAGAUCUGUGAUCAUAAUGGGGAUAGUUGCUCGUACAUCACCACUGAUGCUGCAGAGGUGGUGAAUGCGUACACGGCGGCGGAGGCGUCUGUUGAUGGUAUCGGGGGUAGUGUGAGUUCCGGCGCGGUGAGGUUGGCGGUUGAGCUGGAUUACAGUGGUUGA